GAAACACACUGGAGAAAAGCCAUUUGAAUGUUCCAAAUGCGGGAAGUGCUAUUUUAGAAAAGAGAACCUGCUGGAGCAUGAAGCCAGGAAUUGCAUGAACCGAUCCGAGCAGGUUUUCACGUGUUCGGUGUGCCAGGAGGUGUUCAAGAGGCGAAUGGAGCUGCGGCUGCACAUGGUAUCGCACACGGGGGAGAUGCCGUACAAGUGCUCCUCCUGUGCCCAGCAGUUCAUGCAGAAGAAGGACCUGCAGAGCCACAUGAUAAAGCUGCACGGCGCGCCAAAGCCCCACGCGGUAAGGGGAGUGUGUGGGCAGCGCCGGGGCCGGGAGGGAAUUGUCCUGUGCUCAGGCUGGCCCUGCAGAGCAGCACCAUUGUUUGUCUGCGAGGAGUGCGGGCACAGGGCCUCGAGCCGCAACGGCCUGCAGAUGCACAUCAAGGCCAAGCACAGGAACGAGCGGCCCUACGUGUGUGAGUUCUGCCACCAUGCCUUCACGCAGAAAGCCAACCUCAACAUGCACUUGCGCACGCAUACCGGCGAGAAGCCCUUCCAGUGCCACCUCUGCGGCAAGACCUUCCGGACACAAGCGAGCCUGGACAAGCACAACCGGACGCACACCGGGGAGCGCCCCUUCAGCUGCGAGUUCUGUGACCAGCGCUUCACCGAGAAGGGGCCGCUGCUGCGGCACAUCGCCAGCCGGCACCAGGAGGGACGGCCCCACUUCUGCCAGAUCUGCGCCAAGACCU